GCCUCCUUCUGGAACACAGCAGAUUUACUGAAACUUUUACAUGGUCCUCUAGUUGUUUGUUUCUUGCAGUGUCUGAUAUCUACUCUCCUUACAAUCGCAAAUUGAUCAUGGAAUGUUGGAUUUGCAUGACUGUGUGGGCAGCGGCCAUGAUAGUGUUCCUCAAGCUGUUCUUUGGCAGGAGAGGAAGCAAAGAGAUAAUCAAGAAGGAUUGGCAAAAGGACACUGUGUACCUGUACCAGUUUCCACGUCUUCCGACAAUUCCCAACAUCUCUCCUUUCUGUUUGAAAGUUGAGACCUUCCUCAAGGCUAAUAAUAUAAACUACGAGGUAUGCCCUGUCCUUGCUCGCAGAUCUCAAUAUGGCUACGUGCCUUUUGUCGAAUUGAAUGGAGAGCACAUUGCUGAUUCGCAAGUCAUCAUCCAUCAGCUUAGCAAGCAUUUUGAUGUUAAGCGACAUCCGGUACUACCACAAGACGAAGCCAUUGCAAGAGCAGUCGACCGUAUGGUUGAUACACAUACUUUUUUCGUUCUUCGCCAUUUUGUAGUGGUCGAAAAUGCUGUCGAAUUCUGUUCGCUGAUAUUACGUAACAUGAACUUCCCUGCGUCCUUAAUAUCCAUCGCUGCUUCGGUCUUGUCAUUUUGCAUGAAAAGAAAAGUCAUAAAUCGCAUAGCUGCUGGUGUUGGUCUGAUGUCUACGGAUGAUUACAAAGAAAUACUGAAAAAGGACUACGAUGCAUUGAAAACACUGCUUGGAGAACAGAAAUUCUUGUUUGGGGACUCAAUUUCUACGGUGGAUUGUACUGUAUUUGGACAUUUGGCGACAAUCUUCUAUAUCCCGACUGCUAGCUAUGCUAAAGACCUUCUGAAGGAAGAGUAUCCGUCCCUUGUUGCAUAUCUCGAAAGAGUCAAAGAAACCGUUUAUGGAAAAGACUUUGCCUCGGAGUAAGCAGGUGCAAGAGUGCGUUCAGUGCGAGAUCAAUCUGCGGAUGAAAAAUUUGCAGAUUUGCUCGAAACAACAAGCAUAUUAUGUUGAGUUGUAUCGCUUUUGUUUGCCAUUGUAGUGCCUUGUUAUGAAGUCUUAUCGAGCGGUUGCAAUAAAAGUUGCUUUUCUUUAU